AUGAAGGGCUUCGCAUUCAUGUGCCUCAUUGCCGCCGCCUUGGCGGCUCCAGCUGCCGUCUGCCAGAAAGCCGCUGCGGUAACUGGCGCUGCAUGCACCAAGGCUCAGACCGAACUUGAGGCCGGCAUCCAGGCCAACCUGGACAUCCAAGCCCAGGAGCUCAAGGGGUACAACAUGAGCAUGUGUGACACAGUCAUGAAAGGCUUCGUCGCCCAGCAAAAGGCGGUCCUGGACAUCCAGUCCAAGGGCAUCGCCAUCCGCGCCAAGAACCAGGAGUUGGCAAAGCAGCUCAACAGUCCUGCUAUUGACGGUUUGGCUACCGUUGCCAAGGCACAGGUCCAAGAGAAGGACCAGGUGUCGGGAUUGAAGGGCACUGCUGCGGAUAUGAAGACACUUGCGACGUUGGUCCAGGAAGUAGAGGAUGGCACCAAGCAGAACGAGAAGAACUUGGCCGCUGCAAAGUCUCAGAAAUGCGCAGCAUAG